AUGAUUAUACAUUCACAUUCAUCAUGUAAUCCAAUGAACAAGAAAAUACAGAACGAAAAAAAGGAAAAUAAUUCAAUAAGCUCAAAAAUGUUGACUGAAGAUCUGCAGAAAUUUUUGUCAACAUAUUUAUUGCAUAAAAGACAGAAAGAUGUUUAUCCAUAUGGCAACUUGCUUUUCAAGCAUCACAUCAGGGAAAAAGAAAUCCAGUCGAAGUUGAAGAACAAGUCGAUGGAUUGA